AUGGAUCCCGCCAACUACAACAGUUGGACCAAACUCGGUCUUGUCGAGAGAGUCCGGCAGCUAGAGGCUGAGCUGCAAAGGAGACCGGCGGCACCAGAGCCCGAGCCAACGCAUGGCGAUCCAGCGGGGGCAUCAACCCCUGGCACGACAAGGCCGAAGGUCAGGCGCAAGAUGGACCCCUCAAAGUAUUCUACCCGCUUCAUCGCCCUGAAGCUGGCCUAUCUCGGCAAGAAUUACGGCGGCUUCGAGUUCCAGGCCGAGGGCCACCAGCCCAGCAUCGAGGAGGAGUUGUGGAUUGCCCUGACAAAAGCGUGCCUCAUCUUUCCAGAAAACGAAAAGAUUGUUGAUUUUAACAUUUGCGAGUACUCAAAGUGUGGGCGUACAGACAAGGGAGUCAGCGCCUUUGGGCAGGUCAUUAGCAUUCGCGUGCGGAGUAACAGGCCGCUGCCCAAGGAGCCCAAGCCGACGGUAGAGGGCGCAGCAGGACAGGACACGGAGCAGCAAGAACCAGAAGAAGAGGAGAAGCCGUUUGACCCCAUUGCAGACGAGAUACCCUAUCCCAUGGUCCUCAACCGACUGCUGCCGCCCGACAUUAGAAUCCUAGCCUGGUGUCCCUCGCCACCCCCCAACUUUUCCGCGCGCUUCUCCUGUCGCGAGCGCCAGUACCGCUACUUCUUUACCCAGCCUGUCUUUUCCCCCGAACCCUCUUACGGAACUGGCACCGGCACCACCCACCCGGGGUGGCUGGACAUUGACGCGAUGCGUGACGCGGCUAAGCGCUUCGAGGGUGACCAAGACUUUCGCAACCUAUGCAAGAUCGACCCCGCCAAGCUCAUCACCAACUGGUCCCGCACCAUUUUCGAGUCGGACAUUGUCGAGGUGCGCGACGCCGCCAGCGCGCUGCCCUACGUCACCGCCGCCGGCUUCGCGCCCUCUGCCCUUGUCGGCACCAGCUCCUUCCCCAAGGUCUACUACUUUCACGUGCGCGGGUCGGCGUUUCUCUGGCAUCAGAUCCGUCACAUGGUCGCCGUGCUCUUCCUUGUUGGACUGCGCCUCGAGAAGCCGUCCAUCGUGAGCGAGCUGCUCGACGUGAACAAGUACCCGCGCAAGCCCGGCUACACCAUGGCUGACGAGGUGCCACUGGUGCUGUGGGACUGCCUCUUCCCGGAUCUGACGCAAGCGGAUGACGCGGUGACCCCGCAAAACACGCACGUGGACACGAUGCAUUGGAUCCGCGCCGGCGCGGAAACGCCGUCGAGGAUGCGCGCUGGCUCGUUUGGCCCGUUUGGCACGCUCGAUGGCAUGUGGCGCGUCUGGCGCGGCCACAAGAUGGACGAGCUACUGUCCGGGCAGCUGCUGCAGAGCAUGGCGAAGCAGGCGGCGGGCGAAGAUGCAGAGGCGCAGAAGACGAUGGAGAAGAAGCCAAUGUCGAAUAAAAAGGCGGCGCUGAGCGUGCGCUUGUACGACGGCGGCAACACGGGCCGGCCGGCGGGCAAGUAUGUGCCGAUUGAGAAAAGAGAUGUGCUCGAGUCGCCGGAUGAGCUGAACGAUAAAUAUGCGCGGCGCAAGGGGUUCGUGGACGCGGCAGAUAUGCGCGCAAGGUGGAAGGAGGGCAAAGAUGUCGUCAUGCAAGGUGAUGAGUAG